UUAGUAGAUAGCGUUUUGCUCGAAGCUGCAUUUACCGGGGCUAACCCGCUCAUCGGGACCGGACCUGAUCGUUUGGGACCCGCCGUCACGAUGAACGGUCUAGUGCUGCGUAGCCUGGGUGUCCUGUCGCGGUCUUGCGCCGGCAGUCUGCAAGAGGUUGCUGCCCGGGCGUUUGCAACAGGUGCAGGUAUUAUCCUCCGGAAGCUCCGAGUGCUUGUUUUAAGCUUUAUUCGUGGACGCAUGGCGCACUUGAUUGUUGCAGGUGCUGCGCCCUCGAAGAAGGACGUGCUCUACAAUCUGAGCAAUCCUGAUCCGGAUGCUGAGGCUUCGGUUAAGGCUUAUCUUACUUCGCUUUACAAGGGCGCAAAGCUGGAGUCCAGCACUGCCGACGGCUCGCUUGAGCUAACCAGCAAAAUUGAGAAGAAGUAUAAGGCAGCCGCUAUUGUCGAGUACGGUCUCCAGAACAUCAGCGUGCCGCUGGGAUACAGUAGCUCGAACAUCGCGCCUGUGAAGCGUUAUGCUGCUGAGCUGCGAACUCUUGGGAAGAAGGCUGGUUUUGAGGACCCUGCCACCGAGGUUUCCAAGCGUCUAGCUGACACGGCGGCAACUGCGGACAGCGUCAAGGAGCUGCUGACAAAGAGCCAGUCGCUCAUGAGCCCGGAGCUGUACGCGGCCCUGCUGGAGGCAGUGCAGCAGAUUGAGAACUCGACCAACUCGACGCUGACGCUGGAUGGGGGAUCGCCCGGUUACAAAGAGUUUGCCAAGAAGGUUGAGACGUCCGCCGGAGGAUCUCUGCGUAUCAGGACAACGAAGCUGGUUUGGCAGGGACAUGGGCAAAAAGAGUUGGAUACAAGUAUGUACGAGGGUCGGAGUCCUUGUAAGUUUGCAUGGGCGGAAGUACAGUUACAGCGCAGUGCGCAGGGUGUGCAGUUCGGUAAACUGACAAAUUGGGCAAUCGCCGCCGCACACGGCAUCCCCGCAAAGCUGCUCGUGGACGUGAAGAAGGGCGUCACAGACGACGCCGUCGUCAAGGAGUACGCGCGCUACCAGCAGCACGCUGCUGUCAAGGACGCUAUUGCUGAGCUGGAGGCCCUUAAGGCUGAUGCCACCACUCUCCUGGACAAGCACCUCGGCAAAUCCGCGGAGCAGGUGCGCAGGGAGCAGGCCGCCGCGCUUGCGGCGGCUGUUAAGAAGGCUGAGGCAGCCAAGGGCGCGCCUUGGGCGGUUCAGUUCCUGGAGGAUGUGAAGCGGGUCGAGUGGUUUGACGCCUGUAUCGCGGAAAACCCGGCAGUUGGACCAAAGGUAGCGGCCUGACGGGUGCAAGUUAUGAAGACCUCGCAGCCGGCCUGCGGGAGCAGGCUGCGGAGCAGAUAAGGAAGUUAGAUUUCAAAUAACGGCGCGACGCGGCAUCAUUGUCGAUAAGGGGUGUCGAUAGGGGGGCUUGGCGCACGUCCUUUGUUGCAUGAACGGCUGCGUGCUGGGGACGCAUACGGUGAGGCCAUUGUCCAAGAAGCUACUCGUGCGAGUUUAUGACAACGUUAUAGGCGCGCUCGCUCAGAUUAUAAGGAUUGGGUUAUAGGCACGACUAUGCUAUGCACUGCCCUGUGGUAUACUUACACACACAGGGGUAAGACAUGGAAAGGAAAUUGUAAUGACUCCAUGAAGGGGGUUCUGG